AUGCUCCAAAAAGUAGGCAAAAUGGGUCCAAUGAACGCGCCAGUCGUAGCUUUGACCGUACGCCCCUUUCUAUCCAUCUCUGAUCGGACUCCAAAAUCCGCAGCCGCAGCAGGCAGAGCCCAUGAAUCUAACGCCCAAUCCGGUACAAAACAGGAAACACCAAACUGCGCUCUAUAAAUAGCCACCAAUCGACCCUCCUCGUUAUCUCCUCGACCCCUCCCUUUUUACCCCUUGCCUCUUCUUCUGUUCCAAGAUUCGAACUUUCUUUUUUUAAAUCGAAUCCAUGUCGAAAACCUCAAAUGGAUCUCCGGCGACGGCGGCGAUCAAGGCGGCGACGAAUCCGAUGGUGAGUCCUCUGCUGACGGAUCUUUACCAGUUUACGAUGGCUUAUGCGUAUUGGAAAGCGGGCAAGCAUCAAGAACGGGCUGUGUUUGAUUUAUACUUCCGAAAGAGUCCCUUUGGUGGUGAGUAUACCGUGUUUGGUGGUUUGGAAGAAUGCAUUAGGUUUAUUGCCAAUUUCAAAUUUAAGGAGGAGGACAUCUCUUUCUUGCGUUCUGUCAUGCCCACAUGUGAGGAUGCGUUCUUUGACUAUCUCAGGAAAGUUGACUGCUCCGAUGUUGAAGUUUAUGCAAUUUCAGAAGGUUCUGUUGUUUUCCCAAAGGUGCCUCUGAUGAUAGUUAAAGGACCAGUUGCUGUGGUUCAACUGCUUGAAACUCCAUUUGUGAAUCUCGUCAAUUAUGCCUCAUUGGUUACUACAAAUGCGGCAAGACACCGAUUUGUUGCUGGAAAAUCUAAAACUCUGCUUGAAUUUGGACUUAGACGAGCACAGGGACCUGAUGGUGGAAUUAGUGCUUCAAAAUACUGCUAUGUUGGAGGAUUUGAUGCGACAAGCAAUGUUGCAGCUGGAAAAUUGUUUAACAUACCACUUCGUGGAACACAUUCACAUGCUUUUGUCAGCUCAUUCAUGAGCCCUGAUGAGAUUGUAGACAAGGCACUCCAAAGUCGCGAUGGUUCUCGUACUUGUAAGGAUUUUGUUAACCUUGUGCAAGCCUGGCUAAGCAAGCUACAGAGGACAGAUUCAUUACGUGGUAUAUUUGGCGAGACAAAUCAAAGUGAACUGGCUGCUUUCAUUUCAUAUGCGCUGGCAUUUCCGAGUGGAUUCCUUGCCCUUGUUGAUACGUAUGAUGUUAUGCGAAGUGGAAUUCCCAACUUCUGUGCAGUCGCUUUAGCUCUUAAUGAGUUGGGGUAUAAAGCCUCUGGAAUUAGGUUGGACUCUGGUGAUCUAGCCUAUUUGUCUGUUCAGGUUCGUAAAUUCUUUUGUGCAGUGGAAAAGGAAAUUGGAGUACCUGGUUUCAGUAGAACUUUUAUUACAGCUAGCAAUGAUCUUAAUGAGGAAACACUCGACCACUUGAACAAGCAGGGACAUGAGGUUGAUGCCUAUGGAAUUGGGACAUAUCUUGUUACAUGCUAUUCCCAAGCUGCUCUUGGUUGUGUUUUUAAACUAGUCGAAAUAAACAGUCAGCCUCGAAUCAAACUUUCUGAAGAUGUUUCAAAGGUCUCCAUACCAUGUAAAAAGAGAUGUUUCAGACUGUAUGGAAAAGAAGGCUAUGCAUUGGUUGAUAUAAUGACUGGGGAAAAUGAACCACCACCUAAGAUAGGAGAGCGUAUUCUAUGUCGUCAUCCAUUUAAUGAAUCAAAGAGGGCGUAUGUAGUGCCACAGAAUGUUGAGGAACUUAUGAAGUGUUACUGGGCUGGAAAAUCAGUGCUACCGCUUUCUCUUAAUGCUUUUCUUCUGUGGUUAUGUUAUAUUUUCCUUUUAAAGCAUGUUUGGUGUUGA